GCGCUCAGGCUCCACUUCCGGCCUCGGGCCGUUCCCGGUAAGAUGGCGGAGGAGCCGGAGACAGUGCUGCAGCUCUCUCCGUCACCUGCGGCUGCUGCCUGCGAAGGACUUGCGGAGCUCUCCCCCGAAACAGCCACACCAGAGCCCCCUUCUUCUGGUGCAGUUUCUCCGGGAACAGAAGAACCUGCCGGCGACACGAAGAAAAAAAUUGACAUCCUGCUGAAGGCUGUGGGAGACACCCCUAUAAUGAAAACAAAGAAGUGGGCUGUAGAGCGAACACGAACGAUCCAAGGACUCAUUGAUUUCAUCAAGAAGUUCCUUAAACUUGUGGCCUCUGAACAGUUGUUUAUUUAUGUGAAUCAGUCCUUUGCACCUUCCCCAGACCAGGAAGUUGGAAUGCUCUAUGAGUGCUUUGGCAGUGAUGGUAAACUGGUCCUGCAUUAUUGUAAAUCUCAGGCAUGGGGUUGAACCACACAGAAGAACAACUUGCUUCUCAAAAUGAUUUUUCAUAAAGGAAAUGGCUCUGAACAGUUUUGCUGCCAGUGGCAAUAGGCCUAAUGAAUAUGAACUGCUCAACAUGUAUCUGCUCUGACUCAUUUAUAUGCAUAAGAAAACAUCCAUAGAGUGAAUCGAUUCACAAAAAAUGUCAUAAAUAUUAAUGCACAGAUCAUUGUAAAAGUUUGACAUUGGAGCAUCUCCAUUGCUCCUGCCAAUUAGUAUGUUUGUUUCAGAUCUGCCUCCAAGGAAAGGAGACUGAAACUAUAUAAACUUCUUCAUUACCCGUUCUUAAAGUCUCUGAAAUUGUUUACUCAUACUACUGGCGCUCUUGAUUUUUUUAUGGUAAAAGUUAAUUUAUUAAAGGAUUUUUUUGUGUUU